UCUGGCAGUUCUCAUGCUCCUUUGUAAAACAGGAACAUCAGGGAGUGGAAAUUCCAGCUUGAUUCUUAGCAUUACUAAACUCCCUCCCACACACCCAUACCCAUCAGCCUGGGGUUGUGCUCCAUGUGACACCCCGAACCCUAAAAUUACCAUCGUCAUAGUAACCUAAAACAAACACCGCAGAGCUAUAAAAACUGCCCCGGAGCUGGCGGAGCAGCUGCCCUUGUGCGAAGACUGUAGCGAAGAUGAAGGCUUUUCUUUUCACCCUGCUGGCUGCCGUCCUGUGCGUGGAGCAAGCGGCCUCCUUCUGGUGCUACACCUGUAACGACGAGCCCUCCAACUGGAAUUGUGUGAAAGGGACUAAGUGUGCCGACACUGACAAAUACUGCCUCACAAUAUAUGCGUCUGGAGGGAUUGGCGAUAAAAAGGGGCACCGCAUCACCAAGAAAUGCUCUCCGGUGUGUCCCCAAACAAACCUGAACCUCGGCGUAGCCGCCAUUUCUACCUCCUGCUGUGAGCAUUCCUUCUGCAACCUCAGUGGGGCCAGCAGUGUGAAAACCAGCUACCUGGUGAUGGCCACCGGGAUCUUGGCCAGUCUCAUCCACGUCCUCAGAACGGGACUGUGAUGGGGCCAGGAAAAGAGGACUUGCCAUCCCAAAGAACCAACUUGGGCUUUCCCAGAGAGAUACCAAAACUUCUGUGCAAAGUUGCCAUCCGGGUUAACACCGCUCUGUUUCUUCUGUGUCACCUCAGAUCCCCUCAGCAAGGAGUUUCUCUGUAAUUUUCUACGCUGUUGUUCUUUCUCUGAGGGACAGGAGCUGUACCCUGGGGAUAAGAGCACUGCCCUCCCUCACCAGGGGGUUGUGAGGAUAAAUGCAUUAAAGACAUUACGCUGAUGGAGGCUAGAUACGCACCUAAGAUUUUAUCUAUCAAUAUAUAGUUAAUAGCUCCGCCUCCACCUUUGUUUUAGCAGAGCCAGAGUCGCCUCCCACCUGCUUGGUGUCGGUGACCUGGGAUGCUCAGCAGAAUGGUGCUGCCUGGAUGGAUGUGCCGGCUCAGGGGAAAGUCACCAUAUACCACAAAGUACUAACACAUGUUCCACCCUCUGUCACAGACCCUGUGUCAUUCCCC